AUGGACUGCCAUGACGCCAUGGACUGCCAUGACGCCAUGGACUGCCAUGACGCCAUGGACUGCCAUGACGCCAUGGACUGCCAUGACGCCAUGGACUGCCAUGACGCCAUGGACUGCCAUGACGCCAUGGACUGCCAUGACGCCAUGGACUGCCAUGACGCCAUGGACUGCCAUGACGCCAUGGACCAACGCCAUGAGACAAGCUCAUAUCGCCACCACUCCUGCACGGACAGUUUAAUGCGCAGCGAGCGAGAUACGCCAUCGUGA